AAAAUCAUUCACUCAAUUUCCCUGCCACGUGGCGCGCAAAGACUCAUGUGCAAGUAAUUAUGCAAAAUUCCGCGGGUGAAAACAAAUUAUAGCUCCGGCGGCCAAUUGCUCCUGGAGGCUCGAUCAAAUAGUGAGAAAGUGAUUCUAAUUUUAAUUUCCACAUUAUGGUGAAAAUUUUCUAGUGGGAGAAUGAAAUCCCGCAUUUUCUUUUUCUUUCCCGGGAUUACAAAAUCCCAAGAAAAUUAAAAAAGAAAACGCGAACUCCUCAUAUUUAUACCCGCAGAUGCACACAGAAGCUUCAAACAAACCAAGCCUCCUAUCUCAUCGCGCAGGCCUUCUGGCGGCUUCCCACCGAGGUUCCCGGGUCAGUCCACAACCGUUGAAGAUGAGAAGAGAAUGAACAGAGGCAAUCUCCGAUCAUGUCAUUCUCUUACUCUGACCGCUCCUCUGACCUGCUCUGCGGCGAGGACUCCGGAAUCUUGUUCGGGGAAUCGCCGGAAUGCUCGUCGGACCUCGAAUCUCCUGCGUGUAGCGAAGAAUCCAUAGCGUGUAGUGAGGAAUCUAUCGCCGGAUUCAUAGAAGACGAGAGAAACUUCGUGCCUGGGUUCGAUUACUUGGCAAGGAUUCGGUCUCAGUCGCUCGAUGCUUCGGUCAGAGAAGAGUCCGUUGCGUGGAUUCUUAAGGUGCAAGCUUAUUACGGUUUCCAGCCGUUAACGGCGUAUCUCUCCGUCAACUACAUGGAUCGCUUUCUCUAUGCUCGCCGGUUGCCGCAAGCCAGCGGUUGGCCAAUGCAACUAUUAUCAGUUGCUUGCUUGUCACUAGCUGCCAAGAUGGAGGAACCUCUGGUUCCUUCUCUAUUGGAUCUCCAGGUUGAAGGUGCCAAGUUUAUAUUUGAGAGCAAAACGGUUCGAAGGAUGGAGCUUCUUGUUCUAAGCGUACUGGAUUGGAGGCUACGGUCAAUAACCCCAUUCAGCUUCAUCGCUUUCUUUGUGUACAAGCUCGAUCCCACCGGAAAUUACGUCGGAUUUCUUACUGCGCGGGCCACCGAGAUCAUAUUAUCUAAUGUCAAAGAGGCUAGCUUUGUAGGAUACUGGCCGUCGUGCAUUGCAGCUUCAGCCAUACUCUGCGCGUCAAGCGAUAUUCCAAAUCUGGCUCUUGUUAAUCCCGAGCAUGCGGAAUCAUGGUGUGAUGGCCUAAGCAAAGAGAAGAUCAUGAACUGCUACCAUUUAAUGCAAGAAAUUGUGGUUGGCAACAGCCGGAGGAAGCCCCCGAAAGUGCUACCGCAGUUCAGAGUGACAACUUGGGCCAGGAGGAUCAGGUCCCGUACUACUACUACUACUGAUUAUUCAUCAGCAUCCUCAUCUUCAAUAUCAUUAUCAUCAUCAUCGUCGCCAUCUUCUUAUAAAAGGAGGAAGUUAGGUGACUGCUUGUGGGCAAUAGAAGAUGACAAGGGAAACUCUGGUUAAUUAUUUAAGCAAGAGAAUAGUAAAAUUAAGAAAAAAAAAAAGAAAAAAAGAAGAGGACAUCAUCAGAGAAGACACAUAAAAGGAUGGUCCAAGAAGUUGUCUAGAAUCCUCAAUGUUUUUUGUUGGAGGGGGUUUGGAGAUGGAUGGGAUUGACCAGAGGGGUGAUGUAUAAAAAUAUAUCUGAAGCAUGGAGGUAUGAAUGCAUGAGAGUCAUCUGGUGUAUAAAAACUUUUUUUUGGGUGGGCAUGCUUUGCCAAUUGCCAUUCAUUGUAAAUGGCUUUGCAGAUUCCCAAGGGAGGGGGAUUUGCUCCAGAAUAAUAAUUUGGUGUGAGAAAAGAGAGUGAAUGUAGGUAGAGAGAGAGAGAGAGAGAGAGAGAGAGAGAGAGAGAGAGAAACUUGUAUAGGUAUUUUUUUAAUAAGUAAAUGGUGGGAGCCAUGGAGCGUCUUAGAAAGAAAUGUGUGGGGGUUGAGUUUCAAAGGCAGCAUCAUAUUGAUGAUUAAAAAUGUUGAAUGGAAGGGGAUGCAUGGUGGGACCAAUGACAUUGAAGAUUUGAAGGGAUUGGGUGGAAAGUUGCAGGGAGAAGUGAGAGACAUUCAAUGGAGUGGGAAAAAAUAAGGGGAGGGAGCUAGAUUGAACUUUGAAGUUUGAGCCAUUCACGAGAGAUACAAGUCAAGCUUCACAUCUAAUGCCACCAUCAUUGAUUCAACUGCGCACCAGCCCUCUAUAUAAUUUCCAUCAAGAGAAUGAAUAAGCAGCAGCAGCGGGAGGAGGCCGGAGGUGGCUCCAUCCAUCUAUCUAAUACCGUAGACUUUUUGAGGUUUGAUAAUUAUCUGAGAGAGUGGUAAAUGUGCGCACACGCCAACGGAGGGCGUGCCGCACACGUGUGUAUGUGUGUUUUUUUGGCGGGAAAUGCCUCUUUCUAGAGGCUGGCCUUCUAAAGCUUUGUUUGGCCUAACCCAUAUAUACCUGAGUAAUCUUCUUUCUGAGUGUCUUUUGACUCGUGUAAUGGGGUUUACACGUGUGUAUUCUUUCUUUCUUUUUAUUUUUUUUUGGGGAGCAGGGGGGCAGACGCCACCAGACUGGCAGACCCUCUUCCCUCACGGGGCCUAAAUUUGGCUUAACAAAUACAAAAGGUCUUUGGGGCCUUUUUUUCUUGCGUGUUUUGUGUAAAUUUGUAUUCAUCAAUAUCAUAUAUUAUUGUUAUUAAUUCAAA